CUCCUCCUCCUUCUCCCCCUCCCCUUUUUAGGAAGCUGCCUGGGCGCUUCCUUCUCUCUACCUGAUUUCCUCCCGCUCUGCCCUCCCCUCGCGCUCGCGCCACCGGGCUCGUGCGCGCGCGCGCGGGCAAGCUCCGGCCGGGCAAGUAAGCAAGCAAGCAAGCAGGCGGGCGGGCGGGCAGGCAGGCAAGGCAGGCAGGCAGGCGAGGAGGGAGGGAGGGAGGGAGGCGAGCAGGCGACCGAGUAGGAGCAACGACCCAGCCGGCGCCGCCGCAGCCAAGAUGGAGUCGCGGCUGGCGCGGCUGGCGCUGCAGGGAGCGAGCGGGCGCGCCUAGGGCUCCCUCCCUGCCUGCCUGCCGCAGCCUCGCGAGCCCUUCCUGCCGCCCCAUGGCCUGGCUUCCCUCCGGCGCCCCCUCGGGUCUCCCCUCGGCGGGGCUCCCGGGGCCACUCCGCCUCGGCCAGUGAGGUGGUGCUGCUGCUGCUGGUGCCGCCGUCCGCGCGCGCGCGCCGGUGCGCCCCUCUCCUCCUCCUCCUCUUCCUCCUCGUCGUCCCCGCGUGUCGCCGCCGCCGGGGCCCCGCGCUCUGAGCCUCCCGGCCGCAGGAUGCUGCCGUCGCAGGAGGCCUCGAAGCUGUACCAUGACAACUACAUGCGGAACUCGCGGGCCAUCGGCGUGCUGUGGGCCAUCUUCACCAUCUGCUUCGCCAUCAUCAACGUGGUGGUCUUCAUCCAGCCCUACUGGAUCGGCGACAGCGUCAGCACGCCCAAGCCGGGCUACUUCGGCCUCUUCCACUACUGCGUGGGCAACGAGGGCAACAACCGCGAGCUCACCUGCCACGGCUCCUUCGCCGACUUCCGCAGCAUCCCCUCGCGCGCCUUCAAGGCCGCCUCCUUCUUCGUGCUGCUCUCCAUGGUGCUGAUCCUGGGCUGCAUCACCUGCUUCUCGCUCUUCUUCUUCUGCAACACGGCCACGGUCUACAAGAUCUGCGCCUGGAUGCAGCUGCUGGCAGCGUUCAGAUAA